AUGACCUCCCUGCGCAUCCUCGUCCCCGUCAAGCGCGUCAUCGACUACGCCGUCAAACCGCGCGUCAACGCCGCCCAGACCGGCGUCGAGACGGCCGGCGUCAAAAUGUCCAUGAACCCCUUCGACGAGCUGUCGCUCGAGGAAGCCGUGCGCCUGCGCGAGCGCCACCCCAACACCGUCACCGACAUCCUCGCCUUCUCGGCGGGGCCGCCAAAGGCGCAAGACACGCUGCGGACGGCCAUGGCCAUGGGCGCGGACCGGGCGCUGCUCGCCGAGACGGACGCGGAGCUGGAGCCGCUGGCGGUGGCGAAGCUGCUGCAGCAGGUGGUCGGGGAUGAGGACCGCAAUUUGGUGAUUCUGGGCAAGCAGAGCAUCGAUGGGGAUGCGGGGCAGACGGGGCAGAUGCUGGCGGGCUUGCUGGGGUGGGGGCAGGCGACGCAGGCGAGUGGUGUGAAGCUGGGGGAGGGGGGCACGGUGACGGUGACGAAGGAGGUGGAUGGGGGGGAGGAGGUGCUGGAGGUGAAGUUGCCGAUGGUUGUGACGGCGGAUUUGAGGCUGAAUGAGCCGAGGUAUGCGAGUCUGCCGAAUAUCAUGAAGGCGAAGAAGAAGCCGCUGGUGAAGAAGGCGGUUGCGGACUUUGGGGUGGAUGUGGCGUCGAGGCUGCAGACGGUGAAGGUUGUUGAGCCGGCGCCGAGGAAGGGCGGUGGGAAGGUGGAAGAUGUUGGCGGGUUGGUUGCGAGGUUGAAGGAGUUGGGCGCGUUGUAG